GAAGAUGUCUCCAACGUUUGGUUUGGUGAAGGAUAUUACGCCUAGCGACACACAUUGGGCACUUCGUCUGCGUUUGCUUCGUGUGUACGAAAACAUAAGCGACACCGGUGACAUUAGGGGAUUGGAAUGUGUAUUCCAUGAUAAGGAGGGUGCUCUAAUUCAUGCUACGAUAAGGAUGUCGCAGAUGGCUAAAUAUAGACAACUUCUUAAGGAGCGAAGUUUGUAUGCUGUCCGACGUUUCAUUGUUGCAAUUGAUGGAAAGAAGUGUAGGACAACGGAUAAUAAGUUUAAGAUGAUAUUUUAUGAAAAGACAGAGGUUAUCUAUUACGAGGAUGAUGCAUUUCCUAACCAUGUGUAUAAGUUCAAGGGAUUUGAAUCAUUGUUGAAUGCGAGAAUAAUUGAUGAGAGUGAGCUUUUUGAUGUUAUUGGACAGGUUGUUUCAAAGAAAGCGGUUCGAGAAGUGAUGUAUCAGGGAAGACCUCACAGAUUGAUAGAGGUCACUUUGCAGGAUCCAAGGUUGAAUCAAUUGUCAUGCACGUUUUGGGAUAACUUUGUUGAUCAAAUUCUUCCAUAUAUAGGCGAUGAUCAGACUGAACCGGUCAUUGUGACUUUACAGUUCUGUCGGGCAGGAAUAUUCAGAGGUGAACCAAAAAUAUCAACCAACUACAAUGUCACGCGUGUUGUCAUUAAUGGAGAUGAUGUUGAGUUUCAAGAGUUCAAGAACAGCUUGCAGGAAGUGAAUGUUCUCACUCAGCCGAUACGCACUGUUUCAGUAACUACAGACCGACAAAUGAGCAUUUCUGAGGAGCUUGAGAGUCUGGAACAACCACUUAAAACAAUAGAAGAACUAUACGAGAUUCAGGAGGUUGGAAGCUUUUGGAUUUCUGCAAAGGUUGUGGCAAUUGAAAGCGAUAAAAAUUGGUGGUAUCUUUCGUGCACUAAAUGUCGCAAGAAACUGGAAAAAACCAGUUCCAAAUUUUACUGCACCAAGUGCGAUAAACCUUAUUCUGAUGGUAUUCCAAGGUAUAAAGUGAUACUCCGAGUGAUCGACUCUACUGGAAAUGCACCCUUACUCAUUUGGGAUGACGUUGGGCAAGAAAUGUUUGGAAAGGACGCAGUUGAGUGUCAAAACAUGAUGUUAAGCAGUGGACGUCAGGAGAGUUAUGUUCCCGCUGAGAUAGAGGCCGUUGUAGAUGUGUCAAUGCUAUUCAAGGUUCAGAUUAAGAAGGAACAAAUUGGAAACUACAAUUCAGCCUUCAGUGUGAUGAAAUUCACAAGAGAUGAAGCUCUUAUUGAGAAAUUCAAUGUUAAUGGGAAUGAUGAACAGGAAUCUGAUUUCAUAUCCAAGAUGCACCAUGUUGAUUCUCACUGUGAAAAGGCAUAUUCUUCACAAGGUGAAGUUUCUACUCCUGAUCACGGAAAAGCCAACAACGAAGGGCACAAGAGUUCAAGCGCUGGAGAAAAAUUGAAGAGGGAUUUGAUUGGGGAUUCCUCAUGCAACUCUUCAUCGAAGAAAAUGAGAAAGAUUGUCAAGUUGGAGAAAUGAACUGCUAUUUCUCUUAUGAUUUUGCUAAGAAAAAACUAAGUUUUAUUUUGCAACAAGUUUUGGACAAUUGUUUUGUUGUGUUUGUGGAAGCAUUUGAUUGUUUCGCAGAUUGUAUUUGCUAUUACCCACCAUUUGAUGGUUUGGGAGAUUGUAUUUGCUAUUACAGAAUAUUUUGUUUAACCUCUAUGUUUUGUUAGAACUGAAUGCUUUUGUUUUGUUUGAACUGGGAGCUGUUUGUUUUGAACUCAUUUGUUUUAUUAUAUGAUAUGGGCUUUGUUUUGAAUGAUAAA